CUUGAAAAACGCAGUCCGCCGUCCAGAAAACAGAUUAAUAGAUAAGCAGGAAAAAUGGGUGAUAUCUUCGGCAAUCUCGACAACUUUCUUGAAACUUAUGAUGACAACUGCCUGGAUGGCAGCAUCGAUGAAGAGGCGUUAAACGAUAGCAUAUCAGCCCCUUCGCCGGUAGCCAAAAGGAACAGUAAAAGAAAAUCACAGUUACCAGAAGCACCGGCGGCAGAAGUUCCAACGAGCAUAGAGGUGAAUCCUGCGGUUCCAUGUCCAAGCACAAUCCAGCAGCCCAACGUUGUGGAAGUGAUUCCGGCGGUGGCUGAACCAACGAUACCAGCUCCAGCAGCAACGAUUGAUCUCUCCGGCUGCCCCCAUUCGGAUUUAGAUGAUGAAAUGCGCGAAUUGACCCGGAAGCAUGACUAUAUAUUUCUGAGUACUAAUCCGGUGGUCACGCAGAAACUUUUGAUGGAAGCUAGAGCGGUUAGUGUGAUUACUAGGAGCUACAGCUCUCUGAAGUCUGCGUACCAGACAAAGAAACCGGUUACAGCAACGGAGAUUAACAAAUUUAGACAACGUUUGAAUAAGCUUAAACCCAAAUUGAAUCGGCUGCACAAUGAUAUCGAAACGCUGUUGAUGGAUGUUAAUCCUGAUACGACAGCCGCAACGCAACGUCCUCGCAGUCAGCGCCGCUUGGACCCCGUUUGCCCACCCGAUGUCAUAACUAUAACACUGGACCCUGAUGAUCCUCCGGGGCUAAUGCCGAUGCCUGCUGUUUUCACGGACACUAUCAAUUUAGAUUCCGACACCGAAGAGCCACCUUUAACCGCUGCCCAGCUGUCGACAUCGUUCGAGGCGGAAAACUAUCGGAUGCGUAUCAAGGUAAAGUGGGGUACGAGCAUCGAAAUCUUCGAACACCGUCGCCAUCAAAAGUUUGUCGACAUUAUGGCACAGCUCGCGGCCCGCGACAAGGCUGACACGGACCGCAUUCUGCUGAACAUUGGCGAUCGCAUCAUCUACGCCGACGACACACCGGACACGAUCAACUACAAAUCCUUCCAGUUCAUCUCUGGACGCAUUCUUCAGAAGAAGCCAGGCGGCGGUGGCGUGGCGAAGAAUGGUCCGCCCGGUGGAGCGAACAGCAGCAAAGCCGGUCUCAUUACGCUAAAGUUGCAGCUAGAAAAGCGCAAGAAACCACUUCAGAUUCGCAUUGAAAAGACGCAAUCGAUGGCCGUGGUGAUAGUAAAGUGUGCCGAGGAGCUAAAAUGCAAACCAGAAAAGAUACGGCUCUACUUUGACGGGGAAGCGGUCGACAGUAGGAGCAAACCCGACGAUCUCGAGCUCGAGGGUGACGAGGUGCUGGACGUUCGUCUCGUUGAUUAGUUCUAAAACUGUGGGACAGGGUUUAAAGGAUACGUUUCAAUAAAUUAAAUUUUUCGUGUUUAGAACGAUCUU